AUGACCGCUCUGAAGCCCGAACAAUACCCCGUGGCUGAUAAUGCAUCAUUCGUGCCGCUGAAAGCAUACUGGGUUCACCAAGCGCGAGGAGGCGCCACAAGGACAGACAUUAGUACCAUUCUACAGCAGCUCGAUCUCCCAUUCGAGUACCACCACAUGAAAACGGCCAAGGAGGCAGCGUCAAGCAAGCCCUGGACGAUAUUCAAGCUUACACGCAACUCAAUCAUCCGUCCGGUCCACAUGGUAACCAGCGGGAGUGACGAGAUUUGCAAGAUCACAGGCGCAAUCUUCACGCACAACGUCCGCAAAGCGAUUUUCCCACCCGGAUCUCCAUAA